CUUUAACCCUCGGUCUCAUUGCCCCGGAAGUUGAUUCAUCGAACCCUGGAGCCGGUUACUACCCGAUGGGAAGAUAUAAGUGAUGUCCCUCAUCACCUGCACCCGAGGGCAGUACUUGUCACAACUGAUUGCCAGGAAAAUAUCAGGUUGCCAUAGAAACAAAUUUCUGACACAACAUAAACACACACUACGUCAUGGAUCAGCUGAUAGUGAAAAUGGUCUGCUGCAGGUGUCGAAAGAAGUUGAUGAUGCAAUGCAUUCUGGGAAACCUGUGGUUGCCCUGGAGAGCACUAUCAUAACCCAUGGCAUGCCUUACCCAGACAAUGUGUCAACAGCACAGGCAGUGGAAGAUAUCAUACGUCAAAAUGGCAGCGUUCCUGCAACAAUAGCUGUUAUUAAAGGACGGGUUCAUGUGGGGCUGACCAGCAGUGAACUUGAAUGGCUGGGAUCACAACAACAUGGACUUGUGAAAACAUCUCGCAGAGACUUUCCAGUCGUUCUCUCUCAGCGACUGAGUGGCGGUACAACAGUGUCAGGGACCAUGCUGGUUGCUCAUAAAAUGGGCAUUCCUAUUUUUGUUACAGGGGGGAUAGGUGGGGUUCACAGAGGAGCUGAAACAUCCAUGGACGUCAGUGCUGACCUGACCGAGCUGGGCCGCACGCCGGUGACUGUUGUGUCUGCAGGAGUCAAGUCAAUACUUGACAUCGGCCGCACACUCGAGUACCUGGAAACUCAAGGAGUUUGCGUAGCUACAUUUGGAAGUUCGCGAGAUUUCCCAGCAUUCUUCACAUCAAAGAGUGGCUUCCAGUCUCCCUAUAAUGUGGAAACAGCCACGUCUGCAGCUGGUCUUAUAGAAUCAAAUCUACAGCUGGAUACAGGGAGUGGCAUCCUGAUAGCUGUACCUAUCCCAGAAUCCUUUGCUGCAUCAGGGGAGAUAAUUGAGGCGGCCAUUCAGCAAGCUAUUAGUGAGGCAAGAGAACAAGGUAUCUGUGGGAAAGAUGUCACCCCUUUCAUCCUGAGUCGUGUCAACGUCCUCACUGAGGGCAUCUCCCUACAAGCCAACAUUGCUUUGAUAAAGAACAAUGCUGAGGUUGGCAGCAGAAUAGCCUCAGCACUGAAGGAUAUACAGUUAAGGGGAGAUCACUCUGAAUCAGCAACUUUAAAAAGGCCUGAAUUUGAAGAAAGAGGCAGAGAAGAGCAAUCAAAACCUGUGGUGGUAGGCGGCGUGGUGGUGGACUUCUAUGCUCAGCUGGGACAAAACCAUGUACAGUCUAAUGGCGCUACAUAUCCUGGUAGUCUGAGGCAGUCAUUUGGUGGUGUGGGGCGCAACAUCGCAGACUGUCUUUCUCUUCUUGGAUCACAACCGCUGCUUGUGUCAGCUGUAGGGAGGGGCUCCCACACAGGGGCCCUGCAGGCUUCCUGUCAACACAUGGACCUGUCCGGGGUGAAGGAGCUGGAGGGGCGGUGUACGGCGGCGUACUGUGGGGUGCUGCAGCAGUGUGGGGAGAUGAUGUUCGGGGUUGGGGACAUGGAGAUCAUGUCGCACAUCACACCACACCUGGUGUCCCAGUUCUCUGAAAGUCUCUCAAAAGCCCCGUUAGUGUGUGUCGAUGGCAACAUCCCAGCUGAGACAAUAGAGUACAUCUGUGAUAUGUGUAGUCAAAACAAGGUGCCGGUAUGGUUUGAGCCGGCAGACAGCCACAAGGCGCCAAAGCCUUUCUCUACUACGGCGCGAGAUCACAUCACCUACACGUCACCCAAUGUAGCGGAGCUGAUGCAGAUGUGGGCAGCCUUCAGGGGAAAGCCCUCAACUGAUGUUGAGACAAUCUCUCUUGACACUCCCAGUGCAGAGGAUGUUAUAGAUGCAUGUCUUCCAUACUGCUGUGAUCUUGUUGACAGCAUACCUGUUGUCAUGGUAACGCUUGGUUGUCAUGGAGUUCUGCUGUGCCACAGGCUGGGAGACAAGCCUGUGUUCCCAACCAAACACAACCAGACGUACAGCGAUGAUGUGAGCGUUGUUCACUACCCCGCCUGCAGCCUCGCCCAGAUGCCCAGCGCCACUGUCAGUGUGUCAGGAGGUGGGGAUUGCUUUGCAGCCGGGGUGAUCGAUGCAAUCGUUAAAGGUCAUGACCUUGACCUUUGUAUAAAGGCUGGUUUAAUGGCAGCCCAGUUAUCUCUUCAGUCCCAUCAUGCAGUGCCAAACACGAUACGACCCGAAGCAUUCACCACUGACAGAGUCAAACAGUGGGCUCCGUGGAAACCAAGACUUAUUAAAAUAGGAAGUAAGAAGAAAAUACGGUUUUGAUUUAGAGGGCUUUAUUACAUUGGGCACAAAUCACAGAAGCAAUUUACACUUCUGCGGGCACAGAGACACUCUUCCAUGAAAGGGGGCUCAUCAUUGGCGUCAGGACAUGAUGUUUUUGUUCUUACGGCCAGACCAUGUUCUUUGUAGUAUUGAUUGUCUUGACCAAAGUGCCAAACGUCCAUCAACAACAAUAAAAAAUGUAUAUUUUAAAAUCUCUGUUGGUUUUUAAGGACAUGAAAGAUACUUUUGUUAUAUUUUCUUGAAAAAUGUUAAAGAAGAUAAAACCAAAGAUACCAAAAAUAGGGUUUUAACUAUGACAUAUUUCUGACAUGUUGCUAAUAUUUGUGCUAGUUUUCUAAAAUCAGGGUUGACUUAUCUUGUAAGACAAUAAAGAAUUGGUGUUGCCUUUGAUAUUCAUUAUCAUAGCAAUAUAAUUAUGGUAGGCUGUAGAUUUUAUCGUUUAAUGCAAGUGAUUUAUUUCUUAUCUAAGAUCAGAUGUACUCCCAACAAUUGCUGGGCAUCAAAUUGUAUUAUUUGUGAACUAUAUUUUUUAAUUGAUAUGUACAUGAAUAGUUUUAAUGAAUCCUACUCAUGUGUGAAACUACAAACAUGUUUCCUGCUGACUGAAAGGGUUUUUCCAAUGAUAUGUAUUAUGAACUCAGUGAUGUGUUUUGAUAACAUGAGCAUUAUUGAAAUACUUCCAGCAUUUAUCAUGUUAUAAACAUUUUGUAGUAUUAUUAAACAAAAUAUGUUGUUAUGUGUACUGUAACGCUAUCCCGAUAUUGUGCAAUCUCAUUCAAAUCAGAUCGUAAAGCUUUGUGUAGCCGUAGGGAGCAUGAAGGUCAGAUUUGAAUGAGAUUGGGUAUUCUAGUGUGACUUGUGUGUUUCAGCCCUGGCUGUGUACAUUGAAGGUUACUUUGUUUGACUUGAAAUCCAAAGUUUUGGAAACUAUCAUUAUUUUUACAAUUUUUAUCCCAAUAUAAUCCUACAAGUACUCAAGUCAUGUUUCAAAUAUGAUUGAUCAACCUGACUUGUUGAUAAGAGUGAGUGAGUGAGUGAGUUUGGUUUUACGACGCUUUUAGCAAUAUUCCAGCAAUAUCACGGCGGGGGACACCAGAAAUGGGCUUCACACAUUGUACCCAUGUCGGGAAUCGAACCCGGGUCUUCGGCGUGACGAGCGAACGCUUUAACCACUAGGCUACCCGACCGCCCCCUUGUUGAUAAGAUGCUAUACUGACAGCCUAAAGGCUUCACCAUAUUUACAAGCUUUCAACUUUAUGGGAAAAGGGCACACAUUUAAAAUCCCUCAAGUUCAAUGACACAUCACAUAAAUAGCAUGUAUGACCACCCCCUGCUUCAAGACACACAAAAACUCUCCGAUGCACAGAAAAUGUCCGCAGUCUGAUGACGUCAUGUGGGAUAUGAUGCCAUUCUUCUUGGAGGGCCUGGAUCUGUUCUUGUCUGCUGGCUAGAGUAUGUGGUCGCUGUCGAACACUGAUCCAUGACAUCCCAGAGGUGUUCUGUAGGGGACAAGUCUUGGGAGUGUACAGUGAGUCCUGUAUGAUUCAAGCUGUCAAAUGUCUGUUAACGAUGACCAGCAGUGUUCUCUCCUGCCCCCAAUUUCCUUCCCACAGCAUAACACCCUUCCACCAUGACCUCGGCACGACCUCCUGAACGCAACAUGCCGCCGUUUGUUCUCGCCUUCGGCAGUAAACUGCGGUCUUCACUCAGCUCUGAACAGUCAGCACCAGCUUUUAUCAGUGAUGAUGACCCUCUGCCAGUUACAUUGUGCCAACAACGUACAUUCUGGCCCCUUCUCAUUCCUGACAACGAUGUUGCGCUGUCAAUAACUGUCCUCUGUUUGGCCUGUAAGACCUAAUCCUUGAGCCCUGAGUCGCCUGGCCACUGUCUAUCGACUAACCAUAUGCCCUAAGGCAUUUGUUACUGGUGAUGUCACUGUCAGAAAUGAUUCUGGAGAUGCAAAGUAUGCAAGUACUGGUCUUCAUUGGGCAUAGUUACCCUGGGUCUGCCUGUUCUGGGCCUGUCUAAUAUCUGCCCUGUCUGUCUGUAACAGUGCAUCGAGUUAGUUACAGCAACACAGGAGCAAGUUUUUUACUUUUUUGCAUUUUCUACAAAAACGUGCGGUGAACGUGUAUCACUUUCUCUAUUGAGCAUUGUUGUGAUUGGGCGAUGUGUUUUUCAUUGAUUUAGUUUGAACUUGUGUCUUAUAUUUUUUUGCGAUUUCAUUUUUAAAGUGUGUUUUUGUUGUAUAAUGUGGCAGACAGCAAUAUACACAUGGGCGGGAGGGGAUUCUAAUCCUGACAAUCAUGGCAAAUCUUAAGUCAACUAUUGACUCACACAUGGCACUGUGAACGCAAUUAGAUGUAUUUUACAGUUGUGAUGAGUUUACAUAUUCAAGGGACCAGAAUGUAUUAUUUUUGUUAUUCAAUGUAUCAUUUUGUACCAGAAAUCACAUGAUCUGCACAUACAUUUCUUUGAAUUCAAAUGGAAUUUUAAUAAACCAUUAUUUUCAA